AUGAGAGCCUUGAGCAUCUUCCCAAUCCUCAGCGUGAUUCUGCUUUUCAUGGGUGGGCUCUGCAUUGCAGCCAGCGAGUUCUACAAGACUCAGCACAACAUCAUCCUGAGUGCCGGCAUCUUCUUCGUGUCUGCAGGUCUGAGUAACAUCAUUGGCAUCAUAGUGUACAUAUCUGCCAAUGCCGGGGACCCCUCCAAGAGCGACUCCAAAAAGAACAGCUACUCGUACGGCUGGUCCUUCUACUUCGGGGCCCUGUCCUUCAUCAUCGCCGAGAUGGUCGGGGUGCUGGCGGUGCACAUGUUUAUCGACCGCCACAAACAGCUGCGGGCCACGGCCCGCGCCACGGACUACCUCCAGGCCUCGGCCAUCACCCGCAUCCCCAGCUACCGCUACCGCUACCAGCGCCGCAGCCGCUCCAGCUCGCGCUCCACCGAGCCCUCCCACUCCAGGGACGCCUCGCCCGUGGGCAUCAAGGGCUUCAACACCCUGCCGUCCACCGAGAUCUCCAUGUACACGCUCAGCAGGGACCCGCUGAAGGCCGCCACCACGCCCACCGCCACCUACAACUCGGACAGGGACAACAGCUUCCUCCAAGUCCACAACUGUAUCCCCAAGGAGAGCAAGGACUCGCUACAUUCCAACACAGCCAACCGCAGGACCACACCCGUCUGA